AGAGGAAAAACUUAAAUGCCUUUGGUUAGAGCUCAAGUUUGGAAUGAGUACGGGCUUGGUAUGCCGGAGCUUUACAAGGAAGCUAAUAGAGAAGAUCCAAAAGCUGUUCUCGACGGCGUCGCCGUCGCCGGCCUCGUUGGUAUAUUGCGCCAGUUAGGCGAUCUUGCUGAAUUUGCAGCAGAGGUUUUUCAUGGAUUACAAGAACAAGUAAUGAGCACAGCUUCUAGGAGUCAGAAGUUGACAAUUCGUGUCAAGCGGAUUGAAGCUGCAUUUCCGCCUCUUGAGAAGGCAGUGCUUGCCCAAACAAGUCAUAUUCACUUUGCUUACACAGCUGGUUCUGAAUGGCACCCUCAGAUUCGCAAUGAGAAAAAUCUUUUCAUCUACAAUGACUUGCCACGAUUUGUUAUGGAUUCCUAUGAAGUUUGUCGCGAUCCUCCGCGCCUCCAUUUGCUUGACAAAUUUUGUGCUGGUGGCCGAGGAUCUUGUUUAAAGAGAUAUUCUGAUCCGACCUUCUUUAAGAGAGCAUCAGGUAGCCCCAUUGAAGAAGAUGCUGAAAAAGUCCCAAUAGAUAACAGGACUCGUAAGAGCAAGAAAAAAAGAUCGUCCCUCAGGAAUGACAAACUAUCACAAGGUGCAUCAUUUUCAAGUCACAGUGGCAGAAUGCACGGGCGGACUUCCUCUCAAAAUGCAUCUACAGUUGACAUGACACUGAAAUCUGAUGUGGGAGAGCAUUCAGGUUCUUGUGCUUUCAAUCUUGGUUCAUCCCUGCUCCCUGAGGAACUGGAGCCCAAGGAACUGCCCUCUAGGUUGAUGCAAGAAACAGACACUCCUGGUUCCAAUUUUCCUGUCGAACAAACUCAGGAUCUAGAUGAUAGUUUUUCAUGUAGUUCAUCACAAGAGAAGAUCGCCCCUGGUGUAUCUUGUGUAUCAUGGGAUGAAAAGGAAGAAAUAGUGGAGUCCAAAGCAGGAAAUUGGGAUAUCGAUGAAGUUCCAAAGAUGAACUUUGAUGUAGAUGUGCAGGAAAUUGGAGCUGCAAAUCUUGAAAAAGGUGAUGAAAUGGACAUGCCUUUCAAUAUGGUGGAUGCUCCUCAAUCAAGCACUAUUGAGAGCCAAAAUGAUGAAAUUGAAAGUGAACCAGACAAGUACAUGGAUGCACUGAACACAAUAGAGUCGGAGUCUGAAAAUGAUAUUGAGUGCCAUAGAAAACAGGAAGUGGAACAUUGUUCUGAAAAAGAUGUUGAGUGCCAAACAAAAUGGGAAGCGGAGCGAACUGAAGAUGCUGACAUUGUUAGUAAUGAGAAUAGAGAAGAUGAAAUUAAGUUGGUUAUGGAUGGUAAUGCAGACCAUAAUCCAUCUGUUAUUGAAUUGCCUGCCUCAUCUGCUAUUAUUUCAAACAAUGGGAACUCCGAGUGUUUUCCCGAUUCAGUACCCUCUGAGAAAUUUUCCCCUGAACAGAUACCUCACAUCUCAGGCAAGUCUUCUGAUCCCGAUCAUUCAUCAAGUGAUGAUUUAGGCAUGAGUGAUGAAAUCCACAAUGGCUCACAAGCAGACUCUGUCAUCAGUGAUCCUUCCCCCUCCUCUGGUUCUACAAUUUCUGAUAUGCAUAAUCCAGCCAGUAAUAAGAUCAUAACCAGUGUUAACGACUCUCAAAACUCCCAGACUGAAUUUUCUGUAGUGCAUCCAGUUGGGUUCUGGACAAAUGGUGGCCUUCUGGGACUUCAGCCAUCAAAACCUCCUGAUUUUUGUGUUUCAACUGGAGGUCAAGGUUCUGCAUCUAAAACUAGUGAGGCAUUUGGUCCUCCAAAUCAAAUUCUGAUUCCUUCUCAUGAGGGACCCAAAGGAAAUUCAGGUACAGUGGUUGAGAAUGCAGAAUUUAAUGAGAAGGUUCCAGGUUUAUGUAGUGAGAAAACAUCCCUUAUGAUAGCUGAUUUUGAUGCCAACCUUGAAAAACCUGUUAGUUCUCAUUGUAAUGAUAGUCUUGAUAAUUUGAAUGGUGUUGGCUUGAGCGUAAACACUUCAUUGCCACAUGGAAACAAGCUCCCAGUCAAUUCUAAUAUCAAGUCUACAUCUAUUGAAUCUGAUGAGGAGAAUGAUGACAACUCAACUAGGAUGUUUGGACUUGGCCAUCAUUUACUUGUAAAUGGUUUUAGCAGAAAGAUGUCCAUUGGCCAUGAUGAUGAAUCUGAACUAGCAACUUCUACAAAAACAGGGGUAUUGGAGCCGAGGAAUAGGCAGAGGGGCAUAUCAUAUCAGAAAAUUCCUCGAACAACUAUUAAUGAGCAAAUUGGGAAUGGUUCUCCAGUAAAUUCACUUACUUCUUCUCCACCACUGGAAUAUAUGAAAAUAUCUUUCAACCCUAUAGAUGGAUUUGAGACUUCUAAACUCAAAUUGCAAUUUCCUGAUGGGAAUCUUUAUCGUGAAAACAUUAGAGACAUGUUUCCUUCAUUUCAGUUGGUCCCAGUGCCUGCUAUUCCAGCACAUGAUGUUGUUUCGGACUCUGAUGAUGAAACUUUCUGCAGAUCAUCCCCUUAUAUGUCUGAUGAUUGCCUUUGUCAUUGCUCUGAGUCAAACUCUGAGCAGUGGGAAUCUGGUGAAACACCUGAAGGCAAGGACCCUGAGCUAUAUGAUGCAUUAAGCAGAUUGUCAUCAAUGGAGUCUGUUUCAAGCUGUUUACAAGUUGGGGAACCAGCUAAUAGUGGCAUCCUUGUUAAUGAGGGAAAUAAAACUAUAGUUGCUGGGUCUGAUGCAGAACCAUCACUGUCUGUGUCACUUGAUCUCCCAAGUUUUGAUGUUAUUAACCCUAUACUAAUUGAUGAAUCCAAAAACAAUUCUGAUCAAAAGAACAUAAUUAUGCAAAAUACAACAGAGCUCAAACCAGUGCCUCCACCUCCUCCUCCUGCACAGUGGGGGGUUUCAAAACCCUGCUUCAAUGAGGCAGAAGAAAGACAACAUGCUUUAUCUCAGUCACUUAGACAUGAGCUUGAUCUGAAACUUUUGGGAUCUUUUGUUUAUCAAAAGCAUGAUCCCCCUCCAUUUAAUCAACAACAAAGGAAUGAUGAGGCAAUUGCAUUAAAGCCUGAGAAGAAGGUGGGCCAAGAGAAUUUGAGCGGGCAGAAAGAGGCAAACCAGCUCUGUGGUGGCCGGGGGAUGGAUGAAAAGGAAGAUUUCUUGCAUCAGAUCAGAACUAAAUCGUUCAACCUAAGGCCCACAGUCACUGCAAGACCCAAUGUUAUUUCUGGUCACACUACAAAUGUCAAAGUCACCGCAAUUUUGCAGAAAGCAAAUGCAAUCCGCCAGGCUGUCGGGAGUGACGAUGAUGAUAAUUGGAGUGACAAUUAAUUAUUUUGGAAUAUGGAUGCAAAAGAUAAUCCCAAGUUCUCCCAGUCUCAGGUUUUCAAAUUUGGGUGAGGCUGUUUGAAACGUGUGUGUAUAGUCCUUGUUUCUUCUUGUAAUUAGCUACUGGAGCUGGAGCUCAUCUUGUU